AGUUUAUCCGCUGACUUCCUUAAUCGAACACAAUUAAAACAUUUAAAACAUAGGUGGGGCUGAGUAACACACACAAAUACACAUACACACGAAGACAAGACGAAUGACAAGUUAUUGUGUGUAGGUGCGACAAAGCCUCUACCUGGAUAGGUCAGCGUCUACAUUCUCUCACUGUCCAGGUAUCUUAACCACACAUCUACCUUCGUGCCUUGGGUUCUUACAACAAGUGACUUAGUUCUGUGACGAGACCAAACCUUAGGACAUGGGUCAAAGUAAAGACUCCUUGUUUUGUUUCAUGUUCGUUCUGUUCAACAUGAUAGCACCUAGUCUGUCUGUGGAGUGUCUGGCUUGCUCGUACACUUUCGCCGGGACGGACGGACUGACUGACAUUGAAUGCGUCAAGAGCCCAGAGAGUUUUAUCAAAACAAUCAAAAUACAGUGCACAGACCAAUGUCUGACUCGAUUUGUUUACACAGCAAACUAUGAAAGAAUAAACUCAGUAACCAGAGACUGUAGUUCUAAAUACUUCUCAGGGAAUCAGUGUGAUCCGGCCACCAAUGUCUAUCCCACGUGCACACUGACAUGCGCAACGAGCUGGUGCAACAACCAAACAGACCCCAAGCCUAAAUCUUCAGAAGAGUAUGACCCCUACGGAAACAAAGCUUCGACAAAUCAUAUUUUUGUUUGUUUAUUUUUUGUACCUAUAUUUCUGUUGCAAGUUGUUUAAUAAAAAGUAUUAAAUUAUCAGA